AAAUAACACUAACCUGAAGAAAAUAGCGUGGAAAGAGAGUAGUAAGCAAAUCAGGAACCCUAACUUGAAGUUGGAAGAGGAAGAAGAAGAAACAAUGUCUGGUGUGAAGAGAGCACUGAGGCAGUUUACGUUCGGAAGCGGCAAGACCGCCGGCAGAAACUCGUCGGGGCGCAUAACGUCGUUUCACAGAGGCGGCGGAGCUAAGCGGCUGCAACGAACCGUCGAUCUCAAACGGAACACCACUUCUUCCCUGGGUGUCGUCGAACGGAUCGAAUACGACCCUAACCGUUCUUCCGACAUCGCACUCGUUCGCUGGGUACACGGUGUCUACCACCGCCAACGUCGCGACGCCGCCGACGCUGCCGGCUCGUCCAAGCUCCUAGCCCUCAAUCCCUCCGUCACUGACAGUAACAGCAUUCGUGGCGUGUUCGCGCUCAAUUCGAUGUUGCCGCGCGUUGGAACUUCCACUAGAGACGUUUUCCUGUCUGCGUUCUCGUCCAAGGCCAAGGGACGGGAUACGAAAUCGGAAUUGGAAUCGGUUUCUUCUCUCGGAUUGCCGCGGAUCGCGGUUGCGGCCUCGAGAGCUCCAUUCUUCGCGCCACGUGGGAAAGGGGAGGAGACGUUGGAGGUUCGGAAGUGGAGAAGGAAUAGCGACGCUUGGGCGCAUAGGAACAAGCGUAAAGUGGCGGUCUCGUGGCAAAUCAUCGCGCGUUGAGUUGAUGCUAUUUUGAAUUGUAAACCAUUUUCGUUGUUGCAUUCCUGGAGAUAUCAUUGUUGGAAUUCUAAUUAUAUAUUUUGGAUACAAUGCCCACCUUAAGUCUUAAGACGUAGUUCGUACCAAAAAGAUAAGUGCAAAAUUGAAUAUAUGGGUCAUGUUUCUAUCGUACUUGAGGAAAUAAUGGGAAAUCAAAUGCUGCUGCUACUACUACCUGCUGUUAACGUCCAGAUGCCACUGCUCUAAUAUUAGAAGUUUAUUUUGGGUGAAUAAAUUGUUGAUAAAUAUAGCCAAAUAAAGGUUCAGUUGUCUGUUGCUAGUUGAGCAAAGAAUUAAUUUCUCUUCAUCAAGUUAUUACAGCAUGUACUGAACUUUUUAAGAAGAUUAAAUGUGGUGAUAUUUUGGUAAAGAGAAUUGUUUUUUAAAGAGGAUUAGGCAGUGAUCUAACCAGCAAGGUAACCUAUUCAGGUGGUUGUGGUUUGUCUUUCUGCAAUAAUCUUAUGUUAUACGUGAUCAUGUUAUAUGUGAACAGAGAAGAAAACUU